AUGCCAGAUACGCUCUCCCCCGCGGGGAGCAGUACGUAUGCAUCAGAUACAAUGUACAUUGGAGAUGGGACGUGGGACAGUACGAGGAAUACAUUUUUGCUACCCAAUCUGAUGGGCCUCAACUUUGAUACCAUGCGAUACAAUGGCAUGGGAAAUCGAUUUCGAGAUAUGGACGGAUAUCAUUCAAUGAUAGUAGCACACGGUGUGAUCGCAACGAUUGUUUUCCUCGGUUUCGUGCCGGCUGCUGUUAUGAUAGUACGAUAUUACUCAAUAUACGACCGCUACUGGGCCUACAAGUAUCAUGUCUGGCUCCAGAUAUUGACUCUACUAUUGUCAACAGUCGUGUUUGUGUUGGGAUGGUUCGCAGUAGGGCCCAAAAGGAGUCUUACCAAUCCGCACCAUGGGAUUGGCUUGGCACUAUAUGUCAUGGUGAUCUUUCAAGCGGUCUGGGGUUGGUUCUCUCGCAAGAUUGAGCGGGGCAGAAGGCAUUACCGCUCACCCCUGAUAUUAGUGCUUCACCGUUGGAUCGGUUGGGCCACAGUACUUCUGGGCAUUGCUCAAAUACCUAUGGGAUUGACUCUCUAUGGAUCCCCAAAAUCCUUAUUUAUCCUAUUUGCAGUGGGCGCUUUCUUUUGGCUUGCGCUGUUCCUCAUUUGCUCAUACAUAUACGACGAAGAUGGUGUGUACUACGGUCCGGAUACAGACAGCCGUGGAAGCUAUGUGUCUGGCCCACCCCCUGAGGAUGAAAGGCGCCAUAGUGGUUUUGGCCGUAUGGCAGGAGCUGCUGCUGCAGGUGCUGGAUUAGCUGCCCUCUUUUCGCGCCGCUCUCGCCACCACGACGAAAGCGAUGUCCAUAGUUCACAAUACGAAGACAAGUAUUCAGAUGAAAGCCACCGCCCCAGUUGGGGAAAGCGGGUGCUUGAAAUUGGCGCAAUUGGUGGCGGAAUAGCAUUGGCGAGAUCGCUGUUCAAAAGGAGACGCGAGAGAGAAAGCGAUGAUGAAUCUGGUCGAUAUCGUCCAACACAUGCUCGCAGCGACAGCAUGACCGAGGAAACAGUGAGCAGAGUAGAAGAGGGCCGUGCCCCUUCCGGAACGCAAGGCCCUUAUAUGCAUCCCGCUAGACGCCAGAGCUAUAGUUCCAUGGACUACAGCUAUUACACACAAACAGAUGAAGGGCACGAUGACGUCCAGAGACCUAGUCAAGGACACGGUGUACGGAAUGCUAUUCUAGGAGCAGGAGCUUUUGCGGCCAUGAGAAGCUUAUUCAGACGUCGGAAAGAUGAUGAUGAACAACGACGUGUGGAGGAGAUUAAACGCCGAGAUAUGGAAGAGGAAAGACUGGCGAGAGCGAACAGCAAGAAGAAGUAUACAGGCGACGGGCUUUUCCCACGAAGAAAACGGCCGUCGCAAUCGGUACUAUCCAGCGACAUGACCUCGGACAUAACGCCCCGACCGCCACGCACACCAGGUCACGGCGAGGAAACUGUAAUGACAGGUGGCAUUGUUGAGGGCACAGAGAGUGUGGUUCUCCCGACUGCUCCACCGCAUCGUGUUGUGUCUGGAAGUGCCACUGGCACGGAUAUUGAAACUGCAGCCGCUGCAGGGGCUGUUGCAGGAGCGGCCGUAGGGUCAAGCCGACAUCGUCGCCGCAGUGGUAGUGGCAGUAGGAGGAGCGAUCGUCGUGAUGAUGUAUCGUCACCUCCAGUAUCGGUCAAAGUUCGGAUGCACAAUGAUGGGCGCCAUGUCACUCUUCGUAAACUGACAGAAGAAGAGGCAGCCGCCAGUAGAGAGUCAAAACGCCGAUCAAGAGAACGACGGGGAUCACGCAGACGAGGCAGCGCAAGUUCUCUUUCGGGGGGUGAAGGCGCAGGCUCAGACCGGUGGCGACGUGUUGAAGAGAUGGAGCGUCGUCAGGCUGAGUAUGUACAGCGAGAACAAGCCGCAGCCCUGGCAGCUGAAUCUGGAGCAGCAGCAGCAAAUAUGCCGCACCCUCCACCACCACCUGCCCCUCCCUCGUCACAGCCAGCGACAUCCUUCUAUUCUGGGCCUCUUCAGCUCCCAACAGCGUCGUAUGCUGCCACUAGCCAGCACUCUGUUCCACCACCUCCCCCGGGGCCUCCGCCGCCACAGCAUUUUACAUCUCCAGCUUCGCAUGCGGCAACUAGUCAGCUGUCCAUGCCACAGCGGCCCCCAUCAAAUAUGCAGCAAUAUCCUCCCACUGCAAGUCAACAAUACCCACCUACUGCGAGUAUUACAUCCCCAACCUGGACGGGUACUGAAGCUAGUGCCGAUUAUGCUAGUAACAGGAGAAGACGUCGAGCAGAGCGAGCCCAAGCACGAGCUCGACAACAAGCGCAGCAUAGUGUUGAAUUUACUUGA